GAAUCAGUUGGAUUCUGUGUCUGAAGGACUCGUAUUUUGCUCAGUCGAUCGGCGCAUCAUCCCCUCGCUUGGCCAUGCAGGAACAAGCAGGAACAAGCAGGCGCAGAAGCAGCGCCAUGGCCAAAGCUGCCUCCAAUUGGUCUCCGGAUGCUUGAUUGUAUGGGUCGGCUCGAACCCCCUUUUGACUGGGCCAUCACCCUCCUUGGACCUUGGUCCAGUUGGUGGUCGCAGACUCGCAGCGCCAGCCCAUAAAUAACUUUCUCCCCCAGCGCCAAGGCAGCCCUCUCUCUUCCUCUCCCUCCUCUCAUCCCAUUGCACCAACAGUCUCUACGACAUCUUGUGUUCUCUGAGUCUCUCGUCCCAUCUCCUUUACACUCUCGGGUGUACCACUGUCUUUGACGCCUUUUCUACGCUGCUCUCCUUCUUCUUCUUCCAUCUUUUGCCCAAAUAAUAUUUCCAUUUCAAGCUCACAUACAAAUAACACACUCAAAAAUGCGCUCUACAUCCACUUUGCUUGCCCUUGCGGCAGCCAUCUCCUCAGUGACUGCUAACCAGGGUUUCAACUUUGGUGCGGCCAACACUGAUGGAACCUUCAAGUUCGAAAAGGACUUUGAGGCGGAAUUCACCGCUGCAAAGAACCUACCCGGUACCAACGGUGGAUUUAACUCUGCUCGUAAGCAUCCCCUGAAGAACUCUGUCUGAGCGCAAUAUGCUAAAGCCUGUUCUGUUCAGGUCUAUAUACCAUGAUUCAAGGUGGAAGCUCGGUCAACGAGCCAAUCCAGGCCAUCCCAGCUGCCAUCAAGACCAAAACCACCCUCCUCCUCGGUCUCUGGGCCUCCGCUGGCCAGGGACCAUUCGAUGCUGAAAUCACUGCCUUGAAAUCCGCCAUCGCCAAAUGGGGUUCCGAGUUCACUGAUCUCGUCGUUGGUAUCUCAGUAGGAAGUGAGGAUUUGUACCGUGCUUCUCCAAUGGGUAUCAAGGCUGGAUCUGGAUACGGUGCCGACUCCAUCACCAUGGCAGCUUAUAUUGGUAAACUCCGAGAGGCUGUUAAGGGAACUGCAUUAGAAAAAGCCCCUGUUGGACACGUUGAUACCUGGUAUGGAACGCUCGUAUCAACGAGAAGACGACGCGCUAACAUUUUCUAGGACUGCUUGGGUCAACGAAACCAACAAGGCCACCAUCGAUGCUUGCGACUGGAUCGGUGUCGACGCCUACCCAUACUUCCAAGAUACCAUGUCCAACGAUAUCAGCAGCGGAAAGAAUCUCUUCGAGGAUGCUUUGACUGCCACCAAGAACGCUAUUGGAGGAAAGGAACUUUGGAUUACCGAAACCGGAUGGCCAGUCAGCGGAAAGACCCAAAACCUUGGUGUCGCAUCUACGGAGAACGCCAAGUUGUUCUGGGACGAAGUUGGAUGCCCACGAUUCGGAAAGACCAACAUCUGGUGGUACACUUUGUACGAUGACGACAGCACCACCCCAAGCCCAAGUUUCGGUGUUAUGGGCAAGGGAAUGAACGGUCCUCUAUUUGAUCUCUCCUGCAAAAACAUCAGCACCCCCACCUCAUCCUCCGCAUCUUCUUCCGCUACCCUCAAGGCAACCGCCUCUGCAACUGGUUCUGGUUCUGGAUCCGCAUCUCCCACUGGAGGAGCUUCUUCCGGCGGUUCAUCUGGCUCAGGAUCCAACGGUACUGUGACUGUACCAAACAAGCCAAACUCGCCAGUUUCAUCUCCAGGGGCCGCCACAUCAGCAGUCAUUGCUGGCAGCUCGGGAUCCAUGAUCCAAGCGUCGUUCGUCGCCGUCUUCGGAUUCGCGAUGGCCGCCGUUCUCGUUUUGUAAAUUUGAAUAGGAUCAUCAUAAUGAAAAUGGGAAGGCGUCAAAAUAAGUCAGUCAUGGGCACAUGCACGACACUGGAUUGUACAGGCGUAUCUAUUUUGGAACCAGCCAAUAUAGCCAAAUUUUGGGUGGCCAUGGCUGCAUAGGUAAUCACAUCUGGUGGAGGAGUUUUUCUACAACUACGAAGGUCUCACAUUUUCUUUUCUUUUUGGGGGCGACCGAAGCACAUUUUCAGGACCCCGCCAUUGUUUGUUAUAGACUAGUUCGUUGUAAGCAUAAUGAGGCUCAAAUAGAACGAA